AUGCUCGCCCGCAUCCACCUCGACCACGCCAGGCGGCGGGAGUUCAUGCGCAAGCUGCGCAAGAUGCUCAACCACCCGCCGUGCGAGAUCGUCGUCACCAUCCCCGGCAAGAUCACAGACCCCUUUCCCUCGCCCUCCCAAGCAGCCCUGUCUGGAGCAAUGGCGCCCCCGUCGUCCUGCAUCAGCAUCGGCUCCUGCAGCGACCUCGGCCAGCUGUACGACCGCAGCAACCGCGUCGAGGCCCUGACCCGCCUCGCGCAGCUGCAGACCCGCGACGGCCGCUGGGACUACAGCCCGGAACUUGCUGACCUCGUCCAGCGGUGGCGGCGCGGCCACAGCGAGGAGCUGGGCGCCGCGAUGGGCGGCGGGGAGGUCACGCUGAUCGUGGCGUUGGUGAUGGCGGACCUGUGCCAGGCCGUGUGGAUGUUCGGCGGUGGCGUUGAUGGCAGCAGCAACCUGCAGAUGCAGAAGGGGGCUAUGAGCCUGAAGCCGAGCGAGCAGGCCGCGCUGCGGAGUGCGAACCGCGAGUGGAUCCUAGGUGCCCUGGACCGGGCGAACAUGUCGUCGUCGGAGCAGAAGGAUGAUGAUGUCCAGUCGGGGCGCUUGAUAGUGGCAUGA